AUGACGGGCAUAAUGGCAGAACCCGUCACAUACAGACCUUCCUGGCAUUUCGAGGUUAUCAACGACCCGACCGAGUGGCAAUGGGAACCUCCCACGACGCCCGAAACUCGACACAAGAAUAAUGCCAAAGUUAGUGUAAAAAAUCUCAGUGGGAAGCUACUCCGGUGGCUCGAAGCUUCGGAUAUGGAUAAGCCGUUCCUCGACCCGCCUUCAGAAGUCCUCGACUCGCCAACAGUCCUCGACUCACCAGCAGUCCUCGAUUCGCUAGCGGUAACUGAGUCGCCAGCAGUCCUCAACUCGCCAGCAGUAGUCGAAUCGCCAGCAAUAACCGAAUCGCCAGCAGUAAUUGAAUCGCCAACAGCUGAGCAAUCGAUCACUGUACCUUCAGCCGAUCCGGUCACGAUUAAUAAAGAAUUGCAUCAACUACGAUCUGCCAUAUGCGGGUUGGAAACGGUUACGAAAGCCUCUCUGUGGCCCCUCAGAGACCAAUUCAUACAGAACUUGAUUCGCAGGAUUAAGUCCGGGGAUAUCACAGUCGAGGACCUGGUCGAAACGAUGGUACCUGUGGAUGCGGCCACCCUCGCACACAUCCCCGACCCCCUUUUUGUUCACAGCGUCAUCUUGAACACCCGAAGAGCCAUCAUCACAACGCUCUCCAACUUACGACGCAAGGAUCGCAGAGAUGAUUAUAGAGAAGCCUGGGCGGCGGUCUUGAACGAUUCACUGGCGGCGACAGCAAAUGGCACACGCUUCCGGACUCUCGCACUCAUAAUCGAAUACGCACAACCCAAGGACAGAGACCUGGUGCCUGUUGACCGGCUUGUUACGGGGCUCUACGACUUGAUCCGGUCAAUGGUGGCAUCAUCAUCGCCCAUGAAGACAGGUAGGCUGGUGGAUGUCGUACAACUUGCCCGGGCGGUGCAGCUUCUCAAGCCUUCUAUGAGAGAAGCCGUCGGCCAGAAGGUCGAAUCUGCCCUUGCCGAGACCUUCGAUGCUGGCCUAAGUUAUGACUACCGAUACUGGUGGAUGCUCUUCAAGGCACACUACACCCAUAUAUCAUUUUCCGAAUUCGAAGAGGCCGUCAAUUCCUACUUGGGAACCGACAAACGGCCAAACGAUCACCAAUCCUUGUUACUGAUAUCGGCAAGAAUGUACGCCGAUGGCUGCUUGCAUAAAGACCCAUACAUAUCAUUUACCCGUCAGAUUCGCGGUGGCUACCAAGAAAAACACUGGUCGACCCUAGCUGGAAAGGUCAUUCAGUCGAGAGGCCACGUUGGCCUGACGAGCUUUUGGUGCCAUUUGGGCGCUCUCAAAUGGGAUGUUCGUUUCUUUGAGGCGCUCAUCGCCUGCUCGUGGCAGCGCAGCACCAGACAGAACACGGAACGUGUGAUCAAGGCCAUUGUCUCCAACCCGCUUAUCCCUUCGCUCAGAUUCUGGCUCGCCCUAAAGGAUGAAAAGAGCAGAAUCAUGACCCCGGAGCCCACAUCCACCAAGGCCAGUGACGACCCCGAUGAUGGGCUUAUAACCAAGGAGCAUCUGAUGAAGCUGGUAGACAAGAUUGCUUGUUGGUACGAGACCGCCCCGGACCUGUCCAAUCGCAUGGCCUUCCGCGGAGUAUCCCGCUGCAUCCGAUUUCAAACCGAACUGUCCGGUCGACCGUCGGCGACGGUCCUCAGUGCCAUGACAAAUGUAGUUACAGCAAGCCUGCGCGAAGGGCAGCCAGCACCAGCAAAACGUUUGCAGCAUUAUCUCGCAAACAUUGUUGCUCCGAGCCAAGGGCUGGAAGUUGCUCAGGAUUGCGGUAAUACUCUAGACUCAUGGCAGAAACAAGCCAGUCUAGAGGCAGUAUUAAGGGGAAAGCGAAGAGAAUAA